ACGCAUGGUUGGCGAGCGAGCGCAAGCAGUUCAAUGUUUCAUUCGCGCAUGUUUUUCAUGUACGUAGAACAUUACGGUAUGUGCAGUGGUCGACAGAGCAAAAUACGUAAUUAUAUCCUCCCUAAAUUAAGGUGUCAACGAUUUAGCAUUUUUUGUUGGCACAAGAAUGGAAGAAGAGACAAACCAACUAUCUUUAAUACUUUGACUACAGUUGGAGUACGGAAUGGUAACAUCUGCCAUCUUGCUGCACCAAUCCCUAUCUCGCCCAAAUUUCACUAUUAUAUCCUCCCUAAAUAAAGGUGUCAACGAUUUCGCAUUUUUUGUAGGCACAAGAAUGGAAGAAGAGACAAACCAACUAUCUUUAAUACUUUGACUACAGUUGGAGUACGGAAUGGUAACAUCUGCCAUCUUGCUGCACCAAUCCCUAUCUCGCCCAAAUUUCACUAUUAUAUCACCCCUAAAUGAAGGUGUCAACGAUUUAGCAUUUUUUGUUGGCACAAGAAUGGAAGAAGAGACAAACCAACUAUCUUUAAUACUUUGACUACAGUUGG